AUGCAUUAUAGCCUUAAAUUAUUUUCUGUCUUUACACUUCUUACUCGCACCAUUCUACUUUUUUCUUUCCUAAUUCGUUCUGGUCUUUUAUUUUUAUUUUCUUUACCAACUUCUAUUUUUUUUUCUCGUCCUUUCCUCUUCCUUCUUUCUUACCCUUUCUUCUUCAUUGUUUCUCGCCCUUUCCUCUUCAUUCUUUCUCGCCCUUUCCUCUUCCUUCUUUCUCGCCCUUUCCUCUUCAUUGUUUCUCGCCCUUUCCUCUUCAUUCUUUCUCACCCUUUCUUCUUCAUUGUUUCUCGCCCUUUCCUCUUCAUUGUUUCUCGCCCUCUCCUCUUCAUUCUUUCUCACCCUUUCUUCUUCAUUGUUUCUCGCCCUUUCCUCUUCAUUGUUUCUCGCCCUUUCCUCUUCAUUGUUUCUCGCCCUUUCCUCUUCAUUGUUUCUCACCCUUUUCUCUUCCUUCUUUCUCGCCCUUUCCUCUUCCUUCUUUCUCGCCCUUUCCUCUUCAUUGUUUCUCGCCCUUUCCUCUUCAUUCUUUCUCACCCUUUCUUCUUCAUAGUUUCUCGCCCUUUCCUCUUCAUUGUUUCUCGCCCUUUCCUCUUCAUUCUUUCUCACCCUUUCUUCUUCAUUGUUUCUCGCCCUUUCCUCUUCAUUGUUUCUCGCCCUUUCCUCUUCAUUGUUUCUCACCCUUUUCUCUUCCUUCUUUCUCGCCCUUUCCUCUUCCUUCUUUCUCGCCCUUUCCUCUUUAUUGUUUCUCACCCUUUCCUCUUCAUUGUUUCUCGCCCUUUCCUCUUCAUUGUUUCUCGCCCUUUCCUCUUCAUUCUUUCUCACCCUUUCUUCUUCAUUGUUUCUCGCCCUUUCCUCUUCAUUGUUUCUCACCCUUUUCUCUUCCUUCUUUCUCGCCCUUUCCUCUUCCUUCUUUCUCGCCCUUUCCUCUUCAUUGUUUCUCGCCCUUUCCUCUUCAUUCUUUCUCACCCUUUCCUCUUCAUUCUUUCUCAUCCUUUCCUCUUCCUUCUUUCUCGCCCUUUCCUCUUCCUUCUUUCUCGCCCUUUCCUCUUCCUUCUUUCUCACCCUUUCCUCUUCAUUCUUUCUCACCCUUUCCUCUUCAUUCUUUCUCACCCUUUCCUCUUCAUUCUUUCUCACCCUUUCCUCUUCAUUCUUUCUCAUUUCCUUUCAUUCUUUCUCACCCUUUCCUCUUCAUUCUUUCUCACCCUUUCCUCUUCAUUCUUUCUCACCCUUUCCUAUUUUAUCUUUUACCGUUUUUUUUCUUUUUCUCUUUUCUUAUUUUUAUGUUUUCGUUUUUAUCUUUUUUUUUUUCUGCAUCUCAAUUUUCCCUUUUCCUUCCUCUUUCCUUCCCCCUCUUCUCUUUUCCUCCGUCUUCUUUUUUCUUCCUUCUUCUUUUUUCCUCCUCCUUCCUUUUCUCUCCCUCUUUGA